CAGAGAAAAAGGGAGGGGGAAGGAACGCAAACUCGUGCAAGAAGAGGUCAACGGACGUCCGUUUUCCAAUAGCCUCUCAUGACAUCGAAUGAGGAAAACUCAAGCUAUGAAAACCACUUUGAGAAACGAAAUAUAAAACCUAUUGCCGUGAUUAUGAACAUAAGGGACGAUGCGCCAUCAUUUAUUUCACCUCACUACCUUUCUACCCAAUUCAUUGACUCAGGUAGCCAUUCAACAAACACAUACUGGCUUGUUUUAGGGUGCGGGUAGCGGUGUGAAAGACGAAUGGGAACAGAUUUGAGAACUGCUUAAAGCGUGCAACUAAUGUGGGAUGACAAGCUGUGCAAGGGACAGCCCAGGCUCCAGGCCUGAGCGACUGAAUGGAUGUGAUGCUGUCGACAGGGUAGAAGAACUUUGCUGGUGUUGGGGGAAGACACGAAAGACUGUUCUGUUCUGGGAUCUGAUAAAUUCCUUGUGGGAUAUCCAGAGGUGGUUUCCAUUGGACUACGUGUACUUGUGCAAGGAGAAGAUACCUGGGCUGCACUGAGGUGAAAUUUGUGACUUAUUUCAUAUGAUGGUAAUAUGGAGAUAAAAGAGACAGACCAGAGAGCGUGCUAAAGGCUAACUUUUGAGGGAUUAGGAGAAGAGCAAAGGACAAGAAUCAUAUCUGGAAUCACAUUAGAGUUGAAGAGAACCUAGAGCACGUGUCCCAGAGGCAAAAAGAAGAGAAAAUUUUAAGGAAAGGCUAUUGUGUAAUGCAAAAACCAAAAAGAAGGAUCAUGGAUGUGUUGUGGAAAGGAGAGGAAACAGCAGAGGGCCUCCUAUGAUCAGAACAAUGGCUACUCAGAGUGCUACAAAUGUUUAAACAUAUAACAAUGAAGAAAAGGCUAAUGACUGAAAGGUCCCUUACCAGGUACUGCUGUCCUGUUGCCUGUGGUCUGAAGUGGGAAAACACGUCGUCGUUGAAACUCCAGAAACCUGCGACUUCCGAUCCAAAGUCAGUCUCCAGUCUGAGGCAGGAACCACAACGUGCUCAAUAUAAGAACUCGGAAAGGAUUAUUAAAUAUUUGAACAGAAGGGGAAACAGGAAGCAAUGAGACACAAAAGCACCCUCCAGACUGAGUCACACGGCUGUCGACUGAGGCAGGCCAUGUCAGCCACAGCCAAAGCCCUGCCUUCCUGCCUUUGAUGCAGGGAGCGAAAGGUCUGAAUGAAACCUGUUGGAGGUUCCAAUUAAAUCUUUGUGGACAAAGGGCACACAGACGCACGCGCACACACAGCAUCCUCAGAUAACAGUUUGCAAUAAAUCAAUCAGCAACGUUCACUUUCAGAGAGCAGUUCCUGCUGCCUUGCUCACAGCUACCAGCACCAGCACCUCACUGAGUGCUCACACCAAGAUGGGCUCUAAGUGACUUUUGCUCGUCUGGGCAGACUUCCUCCCCUCUUCUGUAAAGGCUGCGGAAGACCUGCAGCUGUAACAGGACCCUCCCCAAGAACCUGCAGGAGACGAGUGCCCCCGCUCCGCCCUCACCAUGCUCAGGACUGUUCUAGAAACUCCCCAGAGGUGGCUGAAGGAGGGGAGAUCUUCCCGGCAGCUGGUGCUGGUGGUGGUCUUUGUUGCUCUUCUCUUGGACAACAUGCUGCUCACUGUGGUGGUGCCUGUUGUGCCCACCUUCCUGUAUGUCACGGAGUUCAAAGAGGUCAACAACUCUCCACACCUCAGCCAUGCCCUGAGUUCCCCGCCUGCCCUUGCCUCUCCCACUUUUUCCACUGUCUUCUCCUUCUUCGACAAUAUCACCCUGGCUGUUGAAGAAAGUGCACCCAAUGGCACAGCACGGACAAAUGACACUGCUGGCAUCAGCCCCCCUCUAGUUACUGAAGCCGUCUCGGCACGCAAAAACAACUGCUUGCAAGGCACAGAGUUCUUGGAGAAAGAGAACACCCGCGUUGGGGUUCUGUUUGCUUCAAAGGCUAUAAUGCAACUUCUGGUCAACCCAUGCGUGGGACCUCUCACCAACAGGAUUGGAUAUCACAUUCCCAUGUUUGCUGGCUUUGUUAUCAUGUUUCUCUCCACAGUUAUGUUCGCUUUCUCUGGCACCUACUCCUUGCUGUUCGUCGCCCGAACCCUUCAAGGCAUUGGAUCUUCAUUUUCAUCUGUUGCAGGUCUCGGGAUGCUGGCAAGUCUUUACACUGACGACGGUGAGCGGGGGCGGGCCAUGGGGACCGCCCUAGGGGGCCUUGCCUUGGGACUAUUGGUGGGAGCUCCCUUUGGAAGCGUGAUGUAUGAGUUUGUUGGGAAGUCUUCUCCCUUCCUUGUGUUGGCCUUCCUGGCACUACUGGAUGGCGCUCUCCAGCUUUGCAUCCUGCAGCCUUCCAGAGUCUCUCCGGAGAGUGUCAAGGGGACUCCGCUCUUCACGCUUCUCAGAGACCCUUACAUCCUGGUGGCUGCAGGUUCCAUCUGCUUUGCCAACAUGGGAGUGGCCAUCCUGGAGCCCACACUGCCCAUCUGGAUGAUGCAGACCAUGUGCUCCCCUGAGUGGCAGCUAGGUAUGGUUUUCCUGCCUGCCAGUGUGUCCUACCUUAUCGGCACCAACCUCUUUGGAGUGUUGGCCAACAAGAUGGGGCGGUGGCUGUGCGCCCUGGUUGGGAUGGUGGUGGUAGGAACCAGCCUGCUCUGUGUUCCCCUGGCUCACAAUAUUUUCGGUCUCAUUGGCCCCAAUGCUGGGCUUGGCUUCGCCAUCGGCAUGGUGGAUUCCGCGAUGAUGCCCACCAUGGGACACCUGGUGGACCUGCGCCACGCCUCCGUGUACGGGAGCAUCUACGCCAUCGCAGACGUGGCCCUUUGCAUGGGCUUCGCUAUAGGCCCGUCCACCGGGGGUGCCAUUGUGCAGGCCGUCGGUUUCCCCUGGCUCAUGGUCAUCAUUGGGGUCGUCAACAUCAUCUAUGCCCCUCUCUGCUGCUACCUGCGGAGCCCCCCAGCCAAGGAGGAGAAGCUUGCUAUUCUGAGCCAGGACUGCCCCAUGGAGACCCGGAUGUAUGCAACCCAGAAGCCCACGAAGGAGUUUCCCCUGGGGGAAGACAGUGAUGAGGAGCCCGGCAACGAGUAGUAGCAGCAGAGAUGGUCCCCGAGCCCCGCCACGUGUGAACUUGUGAGGCUCAGACUUCAGCUGCCACCUGCUUCCCUGGAACCAGAUCACCAUGGGCUGCUCAGUGGGGUCCCCUCCCCCCUUCAGCAUCUCCUCUCCUCCUUGCUUCUCGCCUGUGUGACCCAUAGCUCCCCCUCUAUGCCUUGGGCCUCAGGUGGCCCAUGUUUUGUGGGAGAACAGAGGGAUGCUUCCUCCCAGGCUGCUGCGAGGUUCAUUAAACUUGAGCUGUGACGAGUUCUGCAAGGGGUGACUCAUUCCGUGGAGGCGGCAGCGAGCAGGGUGCCCCUGAAACCAGUGGGGUGACUGAUAAGUCUUGUUUCAUCUGUUGUCUGAAUUUCUUUGGCAGAUUCCCAACAGAUCAUUUUGUCCUCUUUCCCCAACUUGUUCCCCACUGGGUUUUCCCAGCUGAAUUGAGAAAGCAUGUUCUACGCUGUACUGCUGUCUAAUGCCAGUUUGGGGGGAUUUUUGCUUGUUUUUUUUUAUAAGCUGAGUGGUUUUUCUGUAGUGAAACCUACAGCUGCUGAAAUGACUUGAGCCUUGGUGAAUUGGGUCUUCUGUCUUCUUCAUUAUCAAAUGGGAAGGGGAAGAGCCUUUUUCUCUUAUGCUCAUGAUCUCCUCUGUGUGUUCCUACCUUUCCUCAACUUCUUAGAUGCUUAGAAAUAAAAGUAGGAGAAGGACAGAAGAAACAAUCUAUUAGACCCAAGAUUUCAUAGGAAGAAGUGAAAAGAAACUGCCUUGAAAUCCUUCCUGAAUGUGGAUUUCCUGACUUGAGCAGUAGAAUGAGGCAUUGUUCACACUUGCUAAUGAAUAAUUACUGCCUGAUUCAACCAUGGUAAAACCAGAUGCUGUUUUAUAACAAAACAGAAUGUGUGGGCAAAUAUAGUAGGUGCUAUAAAUAUUAUGACAUUUUGCUACCUUAUUGAAACAGUUGUUGGAUGAUGGGGUUUCAAAGAGAUGGGAGACAUAGCACCCACCCUAAGUAUAUUCCCAUCUAUUUGGACGAACAGGAUAUACAGUAUACAAAUGAUCAAUACUGCAAGUUAGUAUACACUGUGUUCGGGUGCAAGGAGGUGGGGUGCUCGUGUAGGUGGGAGAUAAUGGCAGAGAUGGAGGUGGAGGCAGGAUGGAGACACCCACAGAAGCAGGCUUUUGGGGUGCCUGGAUACCAGAUGGGGGUGUUCAGACUUUAUCUGGAAUGGUACCUGGCUCUGAGUACUGCCCUCUUCUGUAGGCGUUUAGUGGGUUCAGCACAUGCCCUGAGUCACCAGAGCACAUUCAAGCUGAACCUCUUGUUGAAGCUCUGUCACUCAGACAAUAGGCACCUGAUUUAUGGAUAUGCUUUUAGGGAGUUGGCAUUAACUAGACUUACCUGAUUUGCAAAACCAGAUGUCCUUAUAUCAUUUAGUCAGGGUAGUGUUGGUCUCGGAUUUUGAAGGAGCCCAAAGGUGAAAUGAGACAAUUAUUUGUCAAAAUAUAUAAGCUGUAACUACACACACAGAUGGAGUGUGGUCCUUGCAGAGGUGGGAGUGGGGCGGGGCAGGCGAGGAGGCCUGGCAGUGACAGACGCUCACUCUCUCAUGCACUUGGGGCAGGAUGUGUAAUAAAGGCUGGCCUUGUUACAGAAAUUAACACAUUAAAAAUAGGAAGAAUGUAUUUUUUUAAGAGAAACCCAUCCCUGAUUGCCUGUUAACAUUGAGCAGUAUAGGAAGACAUGGAUAAGGGGAAACCAAUGGAUAUAAUUUGUUAAGACUUUCAAAAUACUCUUGAUAAGGGUCAACACCAAACACUACAAAGCAAGGCAGGACAUCUGUUUUAUCAUAGAUCAGAGAUAGGUUAAGGAUCAUACUAUGUAGUAUGGAGGAGUAUAAAAAGGAGAAUCCCAGCUAUAAGAAACAACGGUGAUAUAGUACCUCUUGUAUUUUCCUGGCUAGAGCUGGAACC